AGGCAUACUUUCCUAGCAAAUACUGUUAGACGAAAACCAGAAUGUAGUCCCAUUUGCGAAGUAUUUAUCUCCAAGGACCGAGGGUCACAGAUUCCAAAACUUGACGAUGGCCGAUCGAGAGCAGGUCAAGCCCUUAGCCCCGUCAGCCUUCCAAACUCGCAGCGACGAUGAAGAAGCCUUGUCUAUGCAAUUGAAGCUGAAAAAGAGAAGAUAUAUCCAGUGCUGUGGCUGCGUCGCCGCGCUUUUAUUAAUUCAAGCCGUGGUGAUUCUAGUCCUAUUUUUCACGGUUUUUCGGAUACAGGAUCCCAUGAUUAGACUGAAUUCUGUAACGAUCCAGCGCCUGGAGUUUUUCCAGAACGGAAGUCUCAGGACUGAUGUGAAUGUGACACUUUUGGCUGAUGUUUCAGUGAAGAACCCCAAUGUGGCAACCUUCAAGUUCAACAACAGCACCACAUUAAUUUACUAUGGUGGGAGGGUGGUCGGUGAGGGCGACCAUCUCCAAGGGAAGGCCAAGCCGAGGCGUACACUGCGGAGGAACGUGACAGUGGAUAUCAUUCCUGAGAAAAUUCUGGCUGUUCCAAGCUUGAUGAGCGAUAUUGCAUCACAGGCAUUGAACAUAAGCAGCUACACCAGAAUUUCAGGCCGGGUCAGGAUACUGAAUAUUAUCAAGAAAAACGUUGUGGUUAAAUUUAAUUGUACCAUGACUUAUAGACUCUCGGGCCAAGAGUUUCAUGGAGAGAGCUGCAGGCCAGAACUUGAUUACUAGAGUCAUUUUCUUCUAUGGUGAUUGUUGAAGCUUAUGGUUAAAUAUGCAGCACCUCGAUUCGAUUGUCGUACCAUUUCUGUUUUUUCCUAUGAAAUUACCUGUAAAUACUAAGGAGUAAUAUAAGAAAUUGCCCAUUUUUGGUUUUUUUCCUCAAA